CCCUCUCGAUAUCAUGGCUGUGGGACUUAAGUUGCUUAUUUUCUUCCUCAUCCUAGGAUGUCCUUGUUUCGAGGCCUUGAACAAGAAGCAAGUACAAGAAAUGAAGAACAUACAGCAAGAACUCCUUCAAAAUCUGCGAAAAUAUGCUAUUAAGCUGGAAGAUAAAAUUAACCUCAUAGAAGAAUCCAUUGCUGAAUAUACCGAAGAAAUUAAGGAGGCCAAUCAGGAUCCGGAGCUUUAUAUAUCGAAUCCUUUGAAUUCCUUUCGAUUGAUUCGUCAAAUGCACCAGGAUUGGGUGAGCUGGCAGGUGUACAUGGAGAAGCCGGUGGCCCCCGAGGCAGUGGAGAAUCUAGAGCGUCUUUUGUCGCAAUUACCACCAAAGAAGGUCUAUAAGCGGGUGGCCAAGGAUGUGCAUGAUCUGGCACAGUUUUAUGACUAUAAACCAAGUGAUUUGGUGGCUAAAAAUGAGAGGAAAAGUUACUUGCAUCUCUCUCCCCUGGAUUGCUAUAGCCUGGGAUUAGAGCGUUAUGAGGAGAAGGAUUACCUGGGAGCUGUCAAGUGGCUUAGUGUGGCUGCAGAUAACUAUACCAUGUCGGAGUACUCAGAUCUUUAUGCUCAGCUGGGAGCUCCACACUGGCAAGUGUACAGAGAUCAGGCCAGAGUCCUUUUGAAGCUCAAUCGUCCUUCUUUCAUAGAGGCUUAUGUACAAGCUUCUAAUCAUAGUCCCUUCAAUGUCCAUUUGAUGGAUGAGGUUGGUCUGUGGGAGUUGACCAGUUUAAGGGAUCCCAUGGAUCCCAUUCCCGAUCCCUUACCGAAUUCCACCUUGUUAGAGAAUCAAUGUCGUGGUCAUGUUGUCCCAAAGCCAAAUUUGUUUUGUGAUAUCAACAAUUCGGGCUCGGAUUUCCUAAAACUUGCUCCUCUUGGUUAUGAAAUGCUGGUUAAACCGUUCACGGUCCUUUAUCCCAACAGUGUGUAUGAGUCAGAGCUCCAACAUGUGGAAAAAGCCUACGAACAAUGUCCACUAAGCAACCAGCUCCAGUUGGCAAAGGGAGUCAUUGGCUGCUCCAUAUCCCAUGGAUACAGCCCUACUAUGAGACGAAUCAAAAACCGAGUACUGGACAUGACGGGAUUGUCUAAGACAUGGCAUAGAUCCUUUGUUUUGGAGUACGACAGCUUGAAGCCACUGGAUAUAGCUCAGGUUUUUAGGAAUGCAACAGAGUUAGCCGAACGUAAACUCCUCGAGGAAUUGAAUGUGGUGGCCACAGCGGCUAUAUUUUUAAGAGAUGUUCCUGAGGGAGGUGCCAUAACCAUUCCUAAUUAUGGAGUAUUUGUGGAACCCAAAAGAGGAAAUGUUUUGCUUACCGUCGAAGAGAUGCAGCUGGAGACCAUUUUUUGUCCAAAUGUCAUGGGAAGUGGAUUAGUUAUGAUACAGUUCGUUCUUGAGGAUCAGUAGAAAGACCUUAUACAACAUUUAAUACUGUAUUCAAAAAGAAGUUAUUAAAAUAUUUCCCACCAAUACUAAUAACAAUA